AGACCCUGAGCUCGACGAAGUCAACCUGGUCCCCGAUCAUAUCCAUUCCCCCAACGCAUUCAUCCAGGUCAAUUGGACGUCCUGCUCGUCGUUAUUUAUACGGUUGUCAGGACCUGAUCAUCGCAUAUACCCGCAAUGGCUACCACGCUCGCCAGUAAACCGUUCACCCUGUGGGGAGGAGAUGCGCAUUUGAACACGAAGCAGACUUUUGAGAAGCAUGCGUCCUUGGAGAAGAAUGGGGAGAAAUACAUGACUCAGAUGGACUUUGUCAAUGCCAUUGCUCCUGACGACGAAGACUACCGCAAGAUCCCUCGCGAACAAUUCGCGCUUCUUUUCCGCAUCGCAGAUCGCUCUCGUACCGGCCUCGUGAAUCACCACGACUUUCACUACUUCCAAUCUCUUCUCUCAAAAGCCGAUGCUGACUAUGAAAUCGCUUUCCGCUUCUUCGAGCCCGGACCGGAUGGUAAGGUCGACUACCACAAGUUCCGAGAACUCUACGACAAAUACAAGAGCUCUGACGCGAUACCGUUCAACUGGGACUGUAAUUGGGCGAGUUUGUACAUCGGAGAGAAGAAGUCGAGACAUUCAAUGACUUACCACCAGUUCGGACAGAUGUUGAGGGGAUUGCAGGGAGAGAGGAUUCGACAGGCGUUCCACUACUUUGACAAGGAUGGUGACGGUUAUAUCGAGCCGAGGGAGUUCCAGAGGAUUAUCAUCGAGACGGCGAAGCAUAAGUUGUCGGAUAAUCUGUUGGAGAACCUUCAUACUCUGUGUGAUCUUUCACCUGGCGCGAAGAUCUCGUAUUCCGAUGUCCGUGCCUUCCACAAUGUCUGCAGAGAAAUGGACGUCAUCGACCGCAUUGUCCAGAACGCAUGUACUAAGUCUCAUGACGGCAAAAUCAGCAAAGAGGAUUUCCUCAACGAAUCCGCACUUACCACUCGUUUCUCUCUCUUCUCCCCCAUGGAAGUUGACAUCCUCUUCCACUUUGCCGGUAUUAAUUCCGAUGCGACGUCGGCUGCCCGUCUUGGUCUCGAUGACUUUUCCCGCGUGAUUGACCCAGCAUGGGAAGAGCCUCUCGAGGCGCAGAUUCGUGGUGUCGCCGCUAUCCACAAGUUGAAGGAGAAGACCACCGAGAGCGGGAGUUUCCUCACUCAAAUCCUGGAAAGUGUCCACCACUUCGCCCUCGGUGCCGUCGCAGGAGGUAUCGGUGCCACGGUCGUUUACCCCAUCGACUUGGUCAAGACCCGUAUGCAGAACCAGAGAUCAGCCGUGGUGGGUCAAUUGAUGUACAAGAACUCCCUUGAUUGUUUCAGGAAGGUUAUCAGGAAUGAGGGAGCGAUCGGGUUGUAUAGUGGGUUGGGACCGCAGUUGAUCGGUGUUGCACCUGAGAAGGCGAUUAAGUUGACGGUGAAUGAUUUGGUGAGAGGAAAGGCGAUGGAUGAUAAUGGUAACAUUGCGCUGCGCAUGGAGAUUUUGGCUGGUGCUAUGGCUGGUGGAUGUCAAGUGGUCUUCACCAACCCUCUCGAAAUCGUCAAAAUUCGUCUCCAGAUCCAAGGUGAACUUGCCAAGACCUCCGACGUCCCUCGCCGCUCUGCUGCCUGGAUCGUCAGGAACUUGGGUCUGUUGGGUCUCUACAAGGGUGCUUCCGCAUGUUUGUUGCGUGAUAUCCCUUUCAGCGCCAUUUACUUCCCUACCUACGCUCACUUGAAGAAGGACUACUUUGGCGAACGACCAGGAAAGACGCUGAGUAUCCCUCAACUCUUGAUGGCUGGUGCUAUUGCGGGUAUGCCAGCAGCAUACCUCACCACCCCCGCAGAUGUCAUCAAGACCCGUCUGCAAGCGGAGUCGAGAAAGGGCCAGACACAUUACAGGAACAUUCACCACGCCGCUACCACCAUUGUACGUGAAGAGGGUUUCAAGGCUUUGUUCAAGGGUGGCCCGGCACGUAUUCUCCGUUCGUCGCCACAGUUCGGAUGUACCCUCGCCGCAUACGAGUUCUUGCAGCGUUUGUUGCCAAUGCCAGGAAGUACCGCUCACUCUGAGUCUGCGUUGCAGAUCAGUGCGGCGGGUGAGGAGGAUAGGAAGAAGUCGCAUGUACCGUCUUUGCCGUACCUCAGGUCGAAGAACGCGCUUAAGAUGAUUUUGGACCUCGACGAGAACUUUGGCCGCCGGGCAAUGACCAUCCCCCAGGGCAUCCGCCUACCAGGUAUGGCAGGAGCUUCCACUCCGCAGUAG